GCUCAUCAGGUCUACAACAACGACAACGACGAGAUCAACUGCGAUAGCGAGUAACCAUAGCUUAUACUCGGGCUGGCUCCAUAUACACACUCCCUCUCCCCGAAUCAGUUACUCUUCUUCAUUCUGCGCUAGGCUGCCAGCACCAUGGAUGAGGAAUAUGAUGUCAUCGUUCUGGGCACCGGGCUCACCGAGUGUAUCCUGUCUGGACUCUUGUCCGUCGAUGGGCAAAAGGUGUUGCACAUGGACAGGAAUGAUUACUAUGGAGGUGACAGCGCGAGUUUGAAUCUGACUCAGCUCUACCAAAAGUUCCGUCAGACUGGACCCUCAGAGAAUUUGAACCUCGGACGUGAUCGUGACUAUGCAGUAGACUUGAUCCCAAAAUUCAUCUUGUCCUCUGGUGAACUCACUCGAAUGCUCGUUCACACCGAUGUGACGCGAUAUCUCGAGUUCAAAGUCAUCGCUGGUUCCUACGUCUACAGAGAUGGCAAAAUCUCAAAAGUCCCAAGUACGGAGAUGGAGGCGGUCAGAAGUCCGUUGAUGGGUCUUUUCGAGAAGAGGAGAGCCAAGAACUUUUUCCAAUACUUACAGAACUGGAAAGAGGAGGAUCCCGCGACUCAUCAGGGCCUCGACAUCAACAAGUGCUCCAUGAAGGACGUGUAUACCAAAUUCGGGCUCGAAGCGGGAACUCAAGACUUCAUCGGACACGCAAUGGCAUUGUGGCUCGACGACGACUAUAUCACCAAGCCUGCUCGAGCCACCGUCGACCGGAUCAUCCUUUACACCCAAUCUAUGGCUCGAUACGGUAAAUCACCCUACAUCUACCCGCUCUACGGUCUUGGAGAACUUCCCCAGGCAUUCGCUCGACUCUCCGCCAUCUAUGGAGGAACCUACAUGCUUGACAAGAAGAUCGAGUCCGUCAACGUCGGCGAAGAUGGCAAGUUCACCGGAGUCACUUCCGCGGGCGAGACGGUCAAAGCGAAGAAAGUCAUUGGAGAUCCUUCGUACUUUGGCGCGGGACAGGAUCUUGAAUCCGGAGGCAAAGUCAGGGUCAUCGAGACUGGCAAGGUGAUCAGGGCCAUCUGCUUGUUGAAGCAUCCCAUCCCCGGUACCGACGAGGCGGACUCGUGUCAGAUCAUCAUUCCCCAAAACCAAGUGGGAAGGAAGAAUGACAUCUACAUCGCCGCCGUUUCUUCUGCGCACAAUGUUGCCGCUCAGAAUGUUUGGAUCGCCAUCGUCUCCACGAUCGUCGAGACCAGCGUUCCGGAGAGAGAGAUCUUGCCUGCCCUCCAGCUCCUCGGCAAUGUCCUUGACAAAUUCGUCUCUAUCACUCCACUCUACUCUCCAACUUCGCCAGGUACCGCCGACAACAUUUACAUUACCAAAUCCUACGACGCGACGUCUCACUUUGAAACGGUCGUUGAGGAUGUCUUUGAUGUCUGGCAGAGAGUAAAGGGUGAGAAGCUGGUACUCAAGAAGCGAGAAGUCGAGGUUGAGGCGUGAUUGCAUGGUGAUAUAUGUAUUGUAGCUGCGUUUCUCGGUCAUGGUGCAUGUCUAUAGCUGAUGAAAUGGGAGGCCGCUUAUCGGACAUUUCGGGAGUACCGAAGAUGAUAAUAAUCGUGUAGCGAGUCGAGAUGCCUAAUGAUGAA